UCGAAAGUGUUGUGGAUACAGGCGGAAGAGGGAAACCACCGAUAAGUCGUAUUAGUCCCUUUGAACCCCUCUGAAAGUGAAAGAUCGGUUGAUUCCCAUCGUAAUGUUGCUAUAAACAAAUUUUGGAAUCCUUUUUAAAUGUUGCGGAGAGCACGAGAAGGUAUUCAAAUCACCGGACGAUUUUUCUCAGACUAAAUUAAAUUUUCGCGGCUGUGAAGAUGGACGAGGAGGAAGAAGUGAAAACGGAAUACUGUUCCAAGUGUAAACGUGACAUCCCAGCUAUCAACUUUGUGAUGCACGUCACUCAUUGUCAGAGGAAUCUGAUGUUAUGCAAAGAAUGUGGAGAGCCAAUACCCAUCUCGCAGCAAGAGGAACAUUUUGAAGAAUACCAUGCCCAGGAACAAUGUGAAUGUGGUGAGCUUGUGGAGAAAAUGAAUCUUGAUGAGCACAAGGAGAAAGACUGUCUAAAUCGUGAAGUGGAGUGCGAAUAUUGUGAGUUGAGUCUUCCAUUCAAUAAAAUGAGUUCUCAUGUGGAAUACUGUGGCAGCAGAACCCAAAAGUGUGAUGCAUGUGACAGGUUUAUUCAAAUGAAAGACUUAGCAGAGCAUGAAAACAGUGGUUGUCAAUACCCAAUAAAAGAAGAGAGUAAACAGCCACCACAGUCCAAGCCAAGACAUGAAAUCUUCAGUGGCGUACCAAUUGAUAUCUUUCAUGGGAUGGGUGAAAUAGACUCUCCAGAGGCAGAGUAUUUUGGAUUUAAUCCAUUUGCUGCUGCCAUCAAUGGGUUUGAACAGAUCCUUUACACAGGACUUGGAACUCCACCUUUUAAUGAUGCCCACAUGAAUUAUCCUGGUGGUGCAGCCCACUAUGGUGUUGAUGGAAAAGGUAUGAUUGGAAAACGUGGUGUUAUUUCUCGAGGAGCCAGUAAAGGAAGAGUUCCCCAAAAACCAGAAGCUGAUCAUCGCAACUUUCAAGAUUUUGAUGAGUUUAAUGAUGAGUAUGCAGUGGACAUUGAUGAUGAUGAGAUUCUUGCAGCAGCUUUUCAAGCUGAUGAGUUUGGAUAUGUUCAUGACGACAGUGAGUGGAUGUCUUCGGCAGAGGUUGAUCAGCAUGUUCCACACACAAAGUCUACAUUACUGCCUGAAUCAGGAAAUGAUAAUUUAGAUAAAACACAGCUGCCUUGUGAGUUUUGUGGUAACUUAUUUGCAGUGGAAUCCCUUAUACUUCAUCAGAGUGGUUGUCAGCUGAGAUCCUUGGAUUCAGUAGCAGGCGUGGCUCCACAUUUUGGCGGCAACCGGAGGAACAGGCAUAACCUGCCGCAACAUGAUGACUCCAUGUAUUCUGGGGUGGAGAGAAGAAAUUUCUUUGAGAGGCAAUCACAAAACAACCGCGCAGAGCUUGACAAGAAUGGAAGGAAACGUGCAGAAGAUGAAACAUUUUUGCCUUGUGAGUUCUGCCAAGAGUUGUUUCCCUUUGAUAACCUCAUUUUACAUCAGGCUGUAUGUGACGCAAGUCCAGAGAGCCGUCCUUCUUCGACAGUACCUCCUCUCAACAACUCGCCUUCAGCGCUAUUCGAUGGCUUGACACCUGGACCUCUUCCGAGCAAAACAAGGCCAAUAGCAAGAAUUGGCUCCAAAAGUCGCCCCAGUAGACCGGUGUACGAAUCGAAGAGAAGAAGCUCAAAGUCCUGGGACGAUUUCAUUCCAGGCGAUCUCGACAGUAGAGAGGUAACGCCUGAAAACUUCAGCGCUAAGGUGAAUUUUAGGCCGGAUGAUAACAGUGUACCAAGAAGAGAUGUUAGGCAUAAGUCUGAGAAAUAUGAUGAUCGGCCAAGAGAACCAGACAACGUUCCAAUGAAUAAUGCACUCAAAAGACCAGAACGCAAGACAGGUGAACCUCGUCCCAUACUCGGACAGCCGGUGGUAAGAAACAACGACUUGGUUACUAACAAACCUGUAAGAGACUCAGUGCAUCAUGUCAAAAAUCGAACGGCUCACGGCAAGGAACCAAAAAGACAGCCUGAGUCGAGAGGCGAUGCAAGCACAUUCCACAAGACAUUUACAGCGAGAUCGCAAGAGGAUGGCCUUUAUCAGGGAAAAACAAGUUCAGAGUCCAGGAGUAGUUUGACGACAGAAGUGACAAAACCUUCUCAUAUUCGGCAGAGUGAAAGCACGGCUUACGUGAAAUCCCGCCAAACUGGAACGGAUCAUCAUUCUACUGAAAGGAACACGAGAUAUUUUGAGCACAAAGUGGGUAUUCAAAACCACAGAUCCGAAGAAACACGGAGUAAACCGCGACAUACUGACUCAAGUGCGUCUUUGAUGCGAGUAGCAGGCUCCCGCAGCAGUAGAUCUAAGCCUACCGGACCACUCCCACCACUUGAUCAGACUUCAUUUAGUGUUACUAGCUCGUCAGCUCAAUCAUUGUCUUCUAACCCACGUAGAAACCCACCAACACCUUAUUUACCAGAGCGAGAAAUUCGCCCAAAUAGGGGGAAACCACGCUCUCAAGGACAUCUUGAACCUGUUCGACCAAGUAAUCCCCAAGCUUCCGCUGCGCCGAGGAAAACUUCUUCAACGAGAAAGAAAAUAGUGUGAUGACGUGGGUAAAGCUCUAUUUUAAAUUGGAUAUUGACCACAUUGUAAAACAUUGUGGUCUCAUUUACAGCUGUUAAAUGUUUGUUCUCUUACAAGCUGUUUAAAAGUACAUCAGUGUCAUCUCCACGUUAGAUCCGGGAAGUGCUCCUGCUCUUGCGAUCCAGUUACAAUUUAAUUUACGAUUUUUAAUACGUGUUGGGCUGAUUUUUUUUUGCUUUAGCUUACCCUUCAGAAAACCGGAGGGGACAGGGGUUUAGCCAGGACGAAUACCUUUUUCCAAUAUUUUAUUACCAUUUGAAAACUUUUCUUCUCACAACAGUUCGUACACAUGUUUAAUACGAUGCGGGAUUACUAGGCACAACAAACACUUCAGUGUGUGUGUGUGUGUGUGUGUUGGGGGAGUGGGGGUGGAAUUGGGUAUAAUCAGAGCCUAAGAAACCGGCUGUGUAAAGGAAACCAAGAGAAAAGGGAAGAAAAACCUAAAAGGCUCGAUCGUCCCUUCUCUCUAAUGAUACUGGUGAUCUUCAUGGCACGACUAACACAUGAACAGCUCAUGAAAGUAUGAAGCUUAAUGGAUUAAGUCGCCACACUGAGAUAGAGUGAAACCUGUGCUAAGCGGACCUCAUAUCAAGCGACACGCUGGUCGAUUUUAUUCGCCGAUCGUGUUUUAAGUAGCCAGGUUUGUCCAACGCUGCGAUUUUCGCUGAUCGCUUGGAUCGGCGUGUAAAAUCGCCGAUAUCUGGUAUAUGAAAUGUCGGCGAUUUUCGCUGCGAUCAAAUUCGCUACGAUCAGUGUCACGAGACAUUUGUGACUCAAUUUUAUGCGAUCGCGAUUUGGUAUAAAAAAGAUAUUUGUAUAACAAUUGAUUUUUUCUUCUGAGGCGAUUAGUUUCGGCAUUUAGGUCUAAUGUAUCUACUCGAAUUGGUCAGACUCGAGAAAUUGUUCUUCACUCUUUUCACUGUGUUGUCUAGUAGUAAAUCGUCGUAUCACUGUUUUCAGUGUGUUGUCUAGUAGUAAAUCUUCGUAUUAAUUAGUCAACCUGUCUUUCGCGGACACCGCGUGGUACUGAGCGAACAUAAGCCACAUUCUCGCGAGUGAGCCUCGCAAGUUAGCCCCGCCAGUGAGUCACAAGUGUCCGCUUUGUGCAAGUUUUACUGUAACUUAGAAUAAUGGUGCAUUGUAUUUGUUAUUGGUGAAAUCACGUUUUGUCUGAAAGGGAUGGGAUCUAGAAAUGUCAAAUCGAAAAUAAAAUUGUUUUACGCACAAAAUGCAGAAUUGUAAAUAGUGUUCCAAACGUUCUGAGCAACUCUGAUAUAGCAAAGCCUACAAUAAUUUCCUUUUCUAUAAGUUAAAUAAAAUCAAGCGCACAGGAAAACCUCUGCAUGCGAUGCAAGCCUUUUUUGAUUGAAUUCUUUCCAUCUACCAAGUUGGGUUUCGGUGGAAAACAUGAUGCAAUUUACUUUCCAAGGAAAACUUGAAUCCAUGACGCAAGUUGAUUUCUUGGAAGGAGCACGUGCUAAGUCCGUGACAGAAUUCCUCUGGUAUUUCUUAUUUAUCUUUGUAGUUUUUAACGUUAUUAUGAUCAUUAAAAGCUUUUUGAAGUAAA